AUGCCUAGGAGAAUUACUGAAGCCCUAAAAAGUUGGGAGGAGGCAGGAGUGCUAGCUAAAGACAGAACGAGAUGGAGAAUUAUCCCUGCUUCAAUCUGGUGGGCAACCUGGAAAGAGAGAAAUUCUAGGUGUUUUGAGAGCGUAGAGAAUAAUACUAAUGUAUCGAACAUUUCAACUGAUGAGGCUGCUCUUUUAGCUUUCAAAGCUCAUAUAACUUCAGAUCCAAAUGGAAUGUUGUCGAAAAACUGGACAAAAGGGACUCACUUCUCUGGUCAGAUUCCUAGCACAAUUGGCCAACUACAAAAUUUGGUUAGCCUUUCAUUGUCAAAGAAUAUGUUAGAUGGUUCCAUACCUGAACUAUUUGAAGAUUUGGUUUCAUUGGAACACUUGGAUCUAUCUAGCAACAAUCUAUCAGGCAUGAUCCCCAAGUCCUUGAGGAAUCUUGAACAUCUCAUUGGUAUCACAGGAAAAAUACCAACUAACAUCAGUAACUUUAGGAACCUGGAGUGGUUAACAUUGGGAGACAAUAAGCUUAUAGGAUCUAUUCCUCCAGAUUUGGGGAACUUGAGGAAUUUGAAAAGAUUUAGCCUGGAGAAAAACAAUUUAGAUGGAAUUAUACCAACUAGCUUGUGUAACAUGGAAAACUUGUACCAAAUUAUCUUGGGGAAAAAUCAACUUACUGGAGAAUUACCAAGUUGUUUUGGAAAUCUUUCUUCUUUAAGAGAACUCUACUUAGAUUCCAAUGCACUAAUGUCCCAUAUUCCAUCAACUUUUUGGAGGAACAGAGAUAUUUCAAUUCUCACUUUGUCCUCCAAUUUACUGAAUGGGUCUCUUGCAGUAGAAAUGGGGAAUUCAAGGGGUUCGCGGAUAUUACAUUUACAUGGUAAUCAGUUCUCUGGUCAGAUUCCUAGCACAAUUGGCCAACUACAAAGUUUGGUUAGCCUUUCAUUGUCAAAGAAUAUGUUAGAUGGUUCCAUACCUGAACUAUUUGAAGAUUUGGUUUCAUUGGAACACUUGGAUCUAUCUAGCAACAAUCUAUCAGGCAUGAUCCCCAAGUCCUUGAGGAAUCUUGAACAUCUCAUGUAUUUCAAUGUCUCGUUCAAUGGGCUCAUGGGUGAAAUUCCAGAUGGAGGGCCAUUCAUAAAUUUUACAGCUGAAUCAUUCAUGGGUAACCCUGCAUUAUGUGGAUCAUCACGCUUCCAUGUGAUGCAAUGCAGAGUCACAAGUCUUGAAAGGAAAAGGAAGAGUAGAGUCAUCACUUCUGUUCUUGCAUCUGUUUCCUCAGGAGUUGUAGUCACAACCAUUUUCAUCAUUUGGUUUCUGAAAUGCCGAAAAAGGAGUACGGAACUUCCUCUAGUUGAUACAUUUGGUCAGGUACAUAAGAGGAUUUCGUACUAUGAUAUUUCUCAAGGGACAAACAACUUUGAUGAAGCAAACUUGAUUGGAAGGGGGAGCCUUGGUUUGGUGUACAAAGGGACACUAGCAGAUGGAAUGGUUGUCGCAAUAAAGGUAUUCAAUACAGAACUGCAACACGCAUUUAGGAGUUUUGAAGUGGAGUGUCAAGUUUUACGUAGCAUUCGACACAGAAACCUUGUUAAGGUGAUAAGUAGUUGUGCCAAUUUUGAUUAUAAAGUGUUGGUGCUAGAGUACAUGCCCAAUGAAAACCUCGAAUGUUGGCUUCACUCUACUGACAAAUUUUUGGAUAUAACUCAAAGACUAAAGGUGAUGAUUGAUGUGGCUUCUGCUGUGGAUGGUAUCACAGGAAAAAUACCAACUAACAUCAGUAACUUUAGGAACUUGGAGUGGUUAACAUUGGGAGACAAUAAGCUUAUAGGAUCUAUUCCUCCAGAUUUGGGGAACUUGAGGAAUUUGAAAAGAUUUAGCCUGGAGAAAAACAAUUUAGAUGGAAUUAUACCAACUAGCUUGUGUAAGAUGGAAAGCUUGUACCAAGUUAUCUUGGGCAAAAAUCAACUUUCUGGGGAAUUACCAAGUUGCUUUGGAAAUAUUUCUUCUUUAAGAGAACUCUACUUAGAUUCCAAUGCACUAAUAUCCCAUAUUCCAUCAACUUUUUGGAGGAACAGAGAUAUUUCAAUUCUCACUUUGUCCUCCAAUUUACUGAAUGGGUCUCUUGCAGUAGAAAUGGGGAAUUCAAGGGGUUCGCGGAUAUUACAUUUACAUGGUAAUCAGUUCUCUGGUCAGAUUCCUAGCACAAUUGGCCAACUACAAAGUUUGGUUAGCCUUUCAUUGUCAAAGAAUAUGUUAGAUGGUUCCAUACCUGAACUAUUUGAAGAUUUGGUUUCAUUGGAAUAUUUGGAUCUAUCUAGCAACAAUCUAACAGGCAUGAUCCCCAAGUCCUUGAGGAAUCUUGAACAUCUCAUGUAUUUCAAUGUCUCGUUCAAUGGGCUCAUGGGUGAAAUUCCAGAUGGAGGGCCAUUCGUAAAUUUUACAGCUGAAUCAUUCAUGGGUAACCCUGCAUUAUGUGGAUCAUCACGCUUCCAUGUGAUGCAAUGCAGAGUCACAAGUCUUGAAAGUAAAAGAAAGAGUAGAGUCUUAACUUCUGUCCUUGCAUCAGUUUCCUCAGGAGUUGUAGUCACAACCAUUUUCAUCAUUUGGUUUCUGAAAUGCCGAAAAAGGAGUACGGAACUUCCUCUAGUUGAUACAUUUGGUCAGGUACAUAAGAGGAUUUCGUACUAUGAUAUUUCUCAAGGGACAAACAACUUUGAUGAAGCAAACUUGAUUGGAAGGGGGAGCCUUGGUUUGGUGUACAAAGGGACACUAGCAGAUGGAAUGGUUGUGGCAAUAAAGGUAUUCAAUACAGAACUGCAACAUGCAUUUAGAAGUUUCGAGGUGGAGUGUCAAGUUUUACGUAGCAUUCGACACAGAAACCUUGUUAAGGUGAUAAGUAGUUGUGCCAAUUUUGAUUAUAAAGUGUUGGUGCUAGAGUACAUGCCCAAUGAAAACCUCGAAUGUUGGCUUCACUCUACUGACAAAUUUUUGGAUAUAACUCAAAGACUAAAGGUGAUGAUUGAUGUGGCUUCUGCUGUGGAGUAUUUACAUGGAGGUCAUUUGUUUGUAGUCAUCCAUUGUGAUUUGAAACCAAGUAACAUACUUUUGGAUGGAGAUAUGGUGGCAAAAGUGAGUGACUUUGGGAUAUCCAAACUUCUAACAGCUGAGACGCUAAUAGCACAUACCAAGACUUUGGGUACUAUCGGCUACAUGGCACCAGAGUAUGGGUCAGAAGGCAAAGUAUCAACGAAGGGAGAUGUUUAUAGCUUUGGUAUUUUGUUAAUGGAGACUUUUACAAGAAAGAGCCCCGUGGAUGAUCUAUUUGUUGGAGACUUCACCUUGAAAAGAUGGAUAUGCCAAUCAUUACCAGACCGAUUGGUGGAUGUAGUAGACAUUAAUCUAUUUUCACUGGACGAAGAAAAUUUUACUUCUAAAGAAAGAUGCUUCAAAUCAAUCAUGGAAUUAGCUCUUGAAUGCACAAACGAUUUUCCUGAAGAGAGAAUUUGCAUGGAAGAUAUUACUCUGCGACUCAAGAAGAUCCUAACCCAAUUUCUGCAAAAUGUUGUAACAAACUAA